AUGAAUUGGACUGACCAUGAAACGGCUCCAGACUUUACCCCGACCAUCUUUUGUAUUCCCGAGGCCUCACAAAGCAACUUCACUCGCCACAAAGAAGUAAUAACUUGUAUCCCCCUGGGACAAGAGUCCACGACAUUUCGACCUCUGGUUGCUAAAAUCGUCAAACGGCUGGAGCCUUUCACAUCCUCCGUCCUUCUCAUUCAACAGGUUUCCGACGGCAAACAAUUUAUGCUAAAGCUAAAUGACCGUAGACUGGGCCAUCGUCACAGCCUCGAUAUGGAGGAUGGCGAGUUCCCGUGGACGACGGCCCUUGAAGAGCAUCUACGAGCAGCCGUGCAGAACAUACAACUCGGAACGACCACCAACUGGUUCGACCUCGUCAAGGAUUGGAAGCACCCUGCCCAACCUGAUCUGGAUGACUGGGAGGACUGGAUGUGGGAGAUAUUGACAUGGACUUCGAGAAUGGAAGAACAUCAAACCGAGGUGAAGGCAUAUCGUUUAUUACGCCGACUACAGGGUCGUCUCAUUCUCCGCUUCUACGGUCUCGUUCAUCUCCCUAUUUCUUCCUCCCAGCCUCUUCACCCAAUCUCGAAUUACAUUCCCUGCCUCAUUAUCGAGGACAUCCAAGGUGUGAGCAUGGGCUCGCUCAAACCCGGUGUUGAUAUCCCUCGACCGGAGGCAGAGGCGCUUGCUGACCGUGUUAUGGACGCCUUCCGGACGAUGAAGGCGGGACUCGGACAGGUCCCCGGGAUGAGUGAUGAGGAGUGGGAGAAUUCGGUUUCAGGGUCUCAGAACACGCGCUUUCCGCGUAGGGUUCUUAUGAGUAAAGAUCAUGGGGUGUGGAGAAGGAAGGGGAUGCCGCUGCCGAUGAAUUACUAUUAUUCUGCGCUAAUGUGGAACGAAUACGUCGAGAACCAGCCUGAGGAUUAUUGCAGACAGACGUUCGAGAGGGUCCCGGGUACGGAUUGGGAAGGUGCAAGAGAAGAAGUACUGCAGUGGCGCGUCAAGCCGGAGCUCAAAGGCGUUCGGUGGGGACCUUGCAUGUCACGCGUAUCAAACGUUGUUUCCCAAUGUCGAGGGUCAGCCAUGACUAGGACUCGUGAAAAAGACGCAUCGUCUCAUUUACGCGCUAUGUCCACGGAAUUACAACCUUUGUCUUUGGCAUUCAACGAAUGCGUGGAAAGUAUGCUUGAAGACUUCCGUAGAGCGAGAAAGCCUUGGUACGACUUCGCUCAGACGGCGCACUCCCAGUCCGUGGAUGCGUUUAGGAGGCGGAUAGGUCUUAUCAGCUAG